UUGACCCACCCAUCAUGGCUCGCUACAUCAAAAUCAACGUCAAAACAUAUCAAGGAUAUCCCUCGCUGAGGGUGGAGUUAUAUGGGUGCUCUGUAGAUGGUGAUUCAGUACCAAAAGCGCCACAAUGCAUGGAGGCCUUGGGUAUGGAAAGCGGUGAGAUACCCGACUCUGCUAUCUCUGCAUCAUCCUCAGCCAACGCUAACAGCUUUGCUCCUUCCGUUGGCCGCCUUCAUUUUCUUAUGUCUGGCAGUGGAAAAUAUGGCAGUUGGGCGGCCGGAACCAACAAUCUGUUUCAAUGGUUACAGGUUGAUUUUGGAGACUGGAGAAAAAUUACGGCUGUUACUACACAGGGAAGACAGGACUCUAAUCAGUGGGUUAAACUGUACAGCCUUUCUUUCAGCUACGAUUCUGUGUUUUGGGAAGUUGUAAACAACGAGCAUGCUUCAAAACAGAUUUUUAAAGGGAACUUUGAUAGAUACACAGUGGUAAGAAACACCUUGUACAAACCAGUUAUAACCCGAUACAUUCGAAUUCAUCCUGAAGAAUGGAAUGGACACAUCUCAAUGAGAACAGAGUUUUAUGGCUGCAGUAAAGGAUUCGAUCCUCCAAAAAUAGCUUGUGCAAAACCUCUCGGAAUGGAAAGCAAAAUUAUUCCUAACUCUGCCUUGAAGUCUUCGUCCGACUACAACCAAUACUUUGGACCUGAAAGAAGCAGGUUACACAUGAAGCAAGAGGGAAGCUAUUACGGUGGUUGGGCCUCAAAGCACGUGGAUGUUGGUCAAUGGCUUGAGAUAGACUUAGGAAAAAUCACAAAAGUCACCCGAAUCGCGACCCAGGGAAGAUAUGAUGCUAACUGGUGGGUUACGAAAUAUACACUGACCUACAGCGACGGAGGGAAAUAUAAGUCUUACAAAAAUGGCGAGGUGAUCAUUGGAAAUAGCGACAGGAAUACAGCGGAAGGUCGAAUUCUUGAUGAGCCAAUAAUAGCACGGUACGUGCGAAUCCAUCCUAUGACCUGGAAUGGACGCAUCUGCAUGAGAGUGGAAUUAUUUGGCUGCAGGGAAGGUUUUGAACAAGGCCCUACUGAAGAGUGUAAGAAAAUUUUAGGAUUGCAGAACUACCAAAUUCCGGAUUCAGCUCUGCGUGCCUCCACAUCGUACAAUGUUAACUCCAUGGGUGCGAGAAACGGACGGUUACAUUUCCAGGCAAAGAGUGGCCAGUAUGGUGCCUGGGCCGUGAAAAAGAAUGAUCCAUUUCAAUAUUUUCAAGUUGAUUUUGGUAACUACGCAAAGGUUACAGGUGUGGCAACUCAAGGGAGACAAGAUGGCUCCUGGUGGGUGAAGACGUACAGUUUAUCCUUCAGUAAUGAUUGUGUUUUCUUUGAAGACUACAAAGAGGCUGACGCCAAAAAGGUUUUUGAUGGGAACACUGAUCGUUUCACGGUCGUUAGCCACGACCUUAAGAUCCCCCACAUUUCAAAGUGCGUUCGCAUAAACCCAAUCACAUGGCAAGGGUACAUUUCCCUGCGAGCAGAAUUCUAUGGCUGUAGAGAAGGUUUUAAAGAUCCUGAGAUUGUCUGCGUGUCAGCGCUUGGAUUAGAAAACGGUCAGAUUUCAAACGCUGCUAUUGUGGCCUCCUCCCAAUACAAUGCAUACUAUGGACCGGAAAGAGCAAGGCUGCGUAAGGUUACAGCAGGAAGCUUUAUCGGGGGAUGGUCUCCAAAGGCAUCCAACACAGGGGAAUGGAUACAAUUUGACCUUGGUGAGAAUACAAAAGUGACCAGGAUUGCUAUCCAGGGUCGCGACAACGCGGAUUGGUGGACAACUAGUUUUACCAUGUCCUCUAAGCUUGAUGGAGGAAGCUUUGAGUCGUACAACAAUGGCCAGGUAUUUCUUGGAAGUCGAGACAGAAAUACGCCAGCAGGCAGCAUGAUUAAUCCACCAAUAAUUGCACGCUUCAUCAAGAUUCACCCCAAAACUUGGCAGGGAUUCAUUUCUUUACGAGUGGAACUAUAUGGAUGCAGAGAAGGUGAUUUUGAUAUCAAAUAUGGAUACGAGUAUGUGUGCUAA